GGGUUUUCUGAGAGCUUUGUCAUUUUGCAUUUAUACUUUUUUUCCCCCUUUAUGCGUGCUGCACCAAACUUGGCUACUCCUUUUAGUACACAUCAUAGAAAAAUAUAAUUAAAAUAGAAAUUCAUACUGUGUUUUCUUUCUGAAGCUCUCGCUGGCCCAUACAGCAGUGCUGUAAAAUUUCAGCAUUCAGAAAAGAAUCGAGGAAAUACUGUAAAGAGAUGGAGUUUGACAACGACCACUGUAUUAAGAUGAAUGAUGGGAACAAAAUUCCUGCAGUGGGAUUUGGUACCUAUUCCCCUGAUGCAGUUCAAAAAAGUAAAUGUGAGGAGGCUACAAAGGUGGCUAUUGAAGUUGGCUUCCGCCAUAUUGAUGGAGCCUUUGUAUAUGGGACUGAGGAGGAGGUUGGGCGAGCCAUUCACGAGAAGAUUGCAGAUGGAACAGUCAAAAGAGAGGACAUAUUUUACACAGGAAAGAAAGAAGAGAAAAAAGAGAACUUCUUCAGAAAGAACAGUUGUUUUUGAAUCAUUACAGCUUGGGAGUACCUUUCACCGUCCUGAACUUGUCCGAAACUGCCUGGAACAAUCGCUGAAGAAACUUAAGUUUGACUAUCUUGAUCUCUUCAUUAUCCAUAUCCCUGUGUCUCUAAAGCCUGGGCCAGAUUUAUCACCAAUGGAUGAAAAUGGAAAACUCAUUUUCGAUGUUGUAGAUCUGCGUCAAACUUGGGAGGCCAUGGAGGCAUGUAAAGAUGCAGGCUUGGUGAAGUCCAUUGGAGUGUCCAACUUCAACCGCAGACAGCUAGAAAUGAUCCUGAACAAACCAGGGCUCAAGUACAAACCUGUUCUCAACCAGGUUGAAUGUCACCCUUACCUCAACCAAAGCAAACUGCUGGCCUUCUGCAAAUCCAAGGAUAUCCUCCUUGAAGCCUAUUGUGCUCUGGGCUCACAGAGAGACAAGAUGUGGAUAGACCAAAGCACCCCAGUUCUGCUGGAGGACCCAGUAUUGGGUGCAAUUGCCAAAAAAUACAACCGAAGCCCCGCUCUAGUAGCCCUGCGCUACCAGCUGCAGCGUGGUAUCGUGGUCCUCUUUAAGAGCUUCACCAGAAAGCGUAUUGAAGAAAACUUCCAGGCUAUCAACACCACCCGCUUGCUGAACCCAACAACCAAAACCAGACUGAAGCAUUAUAGCCCACAGGAGACCAGGACACAAGACUUGUGGACCACCCUCAGUUUCCAUUUAAAGAUGAAUAAUGGAAAGGAUGCUUUCAGUGUUCCUGGUUUUAUUUCGCAUGUGAGGAAUCAGACACACAUUUCAUCUCCUUGCUCCAUUCCAGUGAUUAGUCCUAGAGAAGUGCCCUGUUCUGGAAGUCCAGCUAGUGCUGGUGAUAUCAAGAAAUCUACACUGUACAUUUAAACAGAAAUUCAAAACAACUCAGUCUCUGAAUGGAAUGGUUCUGGAUUGCUAAUGGGGAAAAAUAAAGGUGUCUGUGUAAUGCA